UUCUAAAGCAUAUGUGACUUUAUGUUGUGUGUGUGUGUGUGUGUGUGUGUGUGUGUGUGUGUGUGGCCAUCUUAGCAAGUGUUACUUGGGUUACUUGUAGGUUAGGAUAAAGUAGCACUAUUUUGAUUGCUGUUAGAAAUGUCUGUCAAUUAGCGUCGAGUAUAUUUUAGCCUACUGAAUAAGAUAACUUAAGUCGUUUCUGCGGUAGUUUACUAAUGGACUCAAUGCAUUAGGGGGCACUACUCCCUUUGGCUGAUAUUUGCAAAGAGGAAGCUGCGUCUAUGUCGAUGUAGAGGUUGUCUCCAUAGAUAGGUCGUGCAGUGUGUAGGCAAAUGAGAGAUGGACUGUGCACUUCCGAGAAGCGAAGAAACGAAGCAGUGACACUAGCUAUAGUCCUAUUCUCUUUUGGUGAAAUUAAGACAGAUAUCGAGUUGCUGAAUAUACGCUAACAUAGACAAGCAGAAUAGUUUCAAUUCUUUCACCUCUACGCCCGCACACAUAUAAUACGGCAUUGAUGGUAAUGCAUGCAAGGAAACCACCGAGAUUCAGUGAUGGGUGCAGUGACCGAAGGGAUUCGCAAUCCUACCAACAGACCUACAAAUACCCAUUGAAGAACCACCCAGCCACUGAUCAGCGUCACGAGAAAACAAGAGAUGCAUCAGAUUCCACCCCACCUUGCAAAAUGCUCCGCCGCUCUGAUAGCCAAGACGGCAAACCUACCGAUGUUGUAGCACUUAACAAGGCAAAAGCUGCCCACACACAGCGGCUACGAGAAAGGGAUGGUGGAACCAGCUACUCCCCACAAGAGAACUCUCUUAGCCACAGCAGCCACCACGGAUCAAACUCACACUCCCAUCCAAGCAAAGCAUCAGACAUGUCACACGAGCCUGCAGAUGACUGGUCUGAGCAUAUCAGCUCCUCGGGGAAGAAGUACUACUACAACUGCAGAACUGAGGUCUCUCAGUGGGAGAAGCCAAAGGACUGGGUGGAGAGGGAGCAAAGACCUAAAGAGGCCUCUAAAUCGACGCCCACUGUCAAUAGCUUUCCCAAAGACCGGGACUACAGACGAGAAGCCAUGCAGAGCUCGGCCACCAGCGCCUUCUCCAGUACCAAGAGUGCUGCAGGUGACAACCCUGCCAGCCAUCCAGCUUCAUCCCAGUCCUCCUCUUCCUCGUCUACAUGCACCUCCUCCAGUGCUGCUCAGGGCAUGAACCCCUCCAGUUCUUCUUCCUCCUCCUCUGUCCCUGCCUCCUCCUCCUCUGCCUCCUCUUCCUCGAGUGGCUCGGUGGCAGUGUCCUCCAGCGCCGCCCUGCUGCAGGACCCAGCUCUGCUCCGGCAGCUGCUGCCCGCGCUGCAGGCCACGCUGCACCUCAACCACGCCAACGUGGACGUGGGGAAGCUCAAUGAAGUUCUCACCGCCGCUGUCACACAAGCUUCCUUACAGUCUAUGCUUCAUAAACUUCUCACUGCUGGACCGUCUGCUUUCAACAUCACUACUCUGCUUUCCCAAGCUGCGCAGCUCUCCACACAAGCUCAAACGACAACCCAGUCCCCGCUGUCACUGCCGUCAGAUGCCUCGUCUCCAAGGUCGUACGUGUCUCCGCGGGUCAGCACCCCUCAGACCAACGCGGUGUCCCUGAAGCCCCCCCUGGGUGCCGUGGGCCUGUCCUCCCAGCCCAAGGUUAAUGCGUCGCUGGUGAAGCCAGGAUCUGCCGCACCACAGGCCUUUACCCCUGCCGAGAAAGCCCUGGAAUUAGAGGACCCACGCCUGCACCGACAGAAUAGUCAGGGCAGCACCUCGCCGGGGUCCAACCAUGUGGCCAGUGGAGCGUCCAUGGGCAGUGGUGGUACUGGAACACUGCCCAUCAGCGCGGGCCCUGGCCGGCCUCAGAGUGGCUUCACGCCUUCGCUGGCCACCCACUUCAACGAGAAUCUCAUCAGACACGUGCAGGGCUGGCCGGGGGAACACGUGGAGAAACAGGUGGCCCGGCUGAGGGAGGAGGCCCACAACAUGGGCAACCUGUACAUGUCGGACAUCUGCACUGAGCUGAAGAACCUCAGGUCUUUAGUGCGUGUGUGUGAGAUCCAGGCCACACUCAGAGAACAGAGGAUUCUCUUCUUAAGACAACAAAUCAAGGAGCUGGAUAAGAUGAAGAAUCAGAACUCCUAUAUGAUUUGAGGGGCCUGAGGGGGUUAGUCACAAAACCAGGCUUUGUGACAACAGAAAUACACACACACACACACACACACACACACAAACCAACACCAACACACACCCCACAGAGCCUGUGAGCUCGGCUUUUUAGUGCUUUUGAGCACUCGAGUCCAGCGGCAGGGGAGAUCUGUUAGUCAAGGCUGCUGACGCUCCAGGAGCAGAGCCAAGAGUGAGAGACAGAGAGAGGACCACUGGUGGCCAUCCUGAGGCCCAAGCUCCGAGCCCCAGUAUCAGCAGAGCAGCCAGCGCACCCGACCCCUCCUCCCCACAACCCUGCGCUAGAGCCAGGACUUGACACGCCGGUGUGCUGGGCACUGCCGUGCUGCCUACUGCCCCCUAAUGGUUUCCUCAAACACAGCAAAUCCAUGCCUGCUUGCCCCUGCGCUUUCUCUCAUAUUCCGCUCCAACUGAACCUCUUACUUUUGUUCUUUUAUUUGUUUGUUUGUUUUAACUUCUAAGCUUCAGAGAACUGCCUUGGGGCCAGUGAGUUUCAUUCCUUAUGUACAGUUUCUAACAAGAGUUGAGUUAAUAAAAAAAAAAAAGAAGCAAAACAGAAAAAAAAAAGUUGGAUCUGUGAAGCGUACAGAUCUGGGAUGUUGUAAAAGCAUUUGCACACGUGUAACUGCAUCUGCCGGAGGCAGUGACACAUAAUGCCGCUGGGCCCUUGGUAGAACAAGCCUUGUGAGGUCAUCAGCAUGCGCCAAUGGAGUUGGGGAGGGGAGGCGUUGUGGGUCCAAACAGCUCUGCCUUUGCAUGGAACAUCAAAGAUAUCAUGCACUUUUUUUUCUUUGCCUGGGAAGUCAUUAUUAUGUGGGUGUCUCCAGAAAAGUCGGAUCUCAUUUUUCUAUAUGAUGAGCAGGAGGUAUACGGUCGUGGAAUUGUGUGGCGUAGGGGCUGCUCCGUAUACAUGUCUUGUGUAGUCCCUGCACUCACCAUCUUUCCCCUCCCUCUCACCUGAUGAGUGCUGUGAUGUCAAGCUCCCACCAGCCACAAUGCAUUAGACUGAUGGAAUGGGAAGAAGGGCAUAGCUUUGUAUAUGGUUUCUUAAAUAUAUGAGAAUAAAAGACUAUUCUAACA